GUCCCGGGCCGCCGGCAGAGCUGUACGAGCGGAGGAGGCGCCCGGCCCGGAGGCGGGGGAAGGGCAGGGACUGCGGCUGGCGAUCCCGAGCCGAGGUUCUUUUAGAGCCAGCCCGGCCCCCUGCCAGCCUAACACUUGAGGAAACUGAAACGCGGAGAGGGGAAGUGACCCCUUGAGGGUCCGGCAGGACGCGGAGGCGGGUCUUUGCCACAGCCCAGCCUGGAGCAGCCGGGCGGAAGACCCGGAGAGCUAGGCGGUGGGGCUGCGCCGAGCGGGUACGGCGGCAGGAACGGAGAAGGCCCGGGAGGCUGCAGCCUCAGGAGGGAUAGGGGUUGAGGUUUUGGCAGAGGAUCCUCUGGGACUUCCCACUCAAGCCUGCUACUGGCCCAUCGCUACUCUGACCCAUCAUCUCCACGGCCCGGGGGAGGAGCUCCAGGGGCUGCCUCUGUGAUGAUUCUACGUUCGGAAGGGCCAAAGGAAAAUGACGUUUCUUGAAAGAUCGCUGGCACCGUUUCUUUAAAAUGACCCAUUUCGGGGGUUCCGAAAUAACACAGCUGCACCGAGGACGGAAGUAGUUUUGCCCGUAAAAAAUAUGGCGGAAAGCUUUCUGGUCUCCAAGGGAACACCGCGUAAUUAGUCAAAACCCUGCGGGAUGACUCCGCGCACGCGCAGGAGCACUCGUCGCCGGAAGUCAUGAUGCUACGACCCACGUGAUUUAGCACGCGUGCGCAGUAGGCCCAUCUCGCAGCUGUGUUGUGGAAAUGGUGGAGAAGAAAACUUCGGUUCGCUCCCAGGACCCUGGACAGCGGCGGGUGCUGGACCGGGCAGCCCGGCAGCGGCGCAUCAACAGGCAGCUCGAGGCCUUGGAGAAUGACAACUUCCAGGACGACCCCCACGCGGGCCUCCCCCAGCUGGGCAAGCGGCUACCUCAGUUUGAUGACGACACAGACACUGGAAAGAAAAAGAAGAAAACACGAGGUGAUCAUUUUAAGCUCCGCUUCCGAAAAAACUUUCAGGCCUUGCUGGAGGAGCAGAACCUGAGUGUGGCCGAGGGUCCUAACUACCUGACGGCCUGCGCGGGACCCCCGUCCCGGCCCCAGCGCCCCUUCUGUGCUGUCUGUGGCUUCCCCUCCCCCUACACCUGCGUCAGCUGCGGUGCCCGGUACUGCACUGUGCGCUGUCUGGGCACCCACCAGGAGACCAGGUGCCUGAAGUGGACCGUGUGACCCUGGGCGUCCCCAGAGAGGAAGACCCUGUGCAUCGCCCGGCCUCGGAGAUAGCAUCACCGAAAGAAAAGAUGCUCCUCCCGGGCCAGGAGGGCAGCCCAGCAAAGCCCGUGUCCUCUCCUCCAGGGAGACCAGCCUUGCUUCCAGGGCCGGAGGCAGGCAGGUGCCUGAGCCCUCAGAGUGCACUUGUAAUAAAAGGUCUCGUGGGAGCAGGAACCUGCCCGGUUGGUUCUGUGGGAUUUUGGGGGUGAGGCUGGUGGGUCCCUUGUUUCCCAAACUCGCUACUCUGUGUCUUUUCUGCCUACCUGUCAAUCACUCCUCCCACUGCCUGCCCCUCUGGGCCCCUGACCAAGAAAGAUGCUGUCCUAUUCUUCUGCCACCCCUAUGUCUUUGCGUUUCUUGGCUGCUGCUUUUUGUCACUUUUUUGGUUAUUGAUCUAGUUUUUUGGGGUUUUUUUUUUUUUGCAUUUUGUUUUUCUAGUUCUUCUGAGUGUAUUUUGAGUCCCAGGACUGGUGAUGGGGAAGUGGAGUGAGGGCUGGGGAUGCAGAUGUAGAAGGGUAACACAGAAGGAGCCAGCCCUGGCUUUGUCUCUGAUUCUUACCCAAAGGGGAGAGACUGGGCCCUUGUCCUUGGUGCCACCCAUCUGAGUUGUCCUUAGGAAGCCUGUCUUAAUCAUGGACUGUGGUGUGUGAUUUAUUAGUAGUAGAGAAAACCCAGACAUUUCUGGGAAGCGUCGGAGUUCAUGGUAAGAGGCCUCUGUUCUUGGUGGCCCUGAUGCUACUGAUACAACAUUGUGGCAGUAGAGCUUCUUGCACCACACCUUCUCUAAGUGGAUUAUAAGCCGUGAGCUCAAAAAUGCCUCGGAGUGGCUGUUUUCAGGCUCAGUACCUUGUUGCAGCAUAGCAAGGCAGAUGCGUAGGAAAUAUCUGUGACACGGGUUAUUUCAAUAGCUAUUAAUGAGAUCCAGCCAGGUUGGUGUCAGGGGCCUCCUUAGGCUCUUCUCCCUGCUUUUGGGGACUUCCUUGUGGUUGGACUUUCUUGCCAGGUGUUGCCAGUCUCUUCCUGGGAAGUUGCUUGCUCUUUCUUCUGGAUACUGGUGGUUGGGCAAGUGGUAUUGGGUGACAGCAUCAUGUUGGAUGGUGGUAAGGACAGGGUUUAGGAGACAAUCCUCAGCGUGGUGGUUUUCAGAAAUGGCUGUAAAUUUUUUUUACCAUCCUUCAGGCAUCAAAAAGUGGCUGUCUGUCGCCUUCCCCUGGAAUCUGGUCAGACUUACGACAGCUUGGACCAGUAGACAGUGGUAGAAGAGUGAUCAUGGGACAUGAAAGGCCAGAUGGUAAAAGGCAGUGCAGCUUCUGCCCCAUCCCUCGAUACUUGCCUUUGGAGCCCUCGGCCGCUUUGUAAGAAAUCCUGCCGUCCUGAAGCCGCCAUGCUGUGAGGAAGCCCACUGUGUGCAGGUCCUCCCAUUGACAGGUCCAGGUGAGCAAGCCUUCAAGCCAUCCCAGCCCAGGCUUCCAUCAUAGGAGUGAAGCUGCUUCCUGAUGAUUCCAAACCCCAGACAUCAAGUCACCCUCACCCAUUUGAGUCUUCCUAGCUGUGUCCUCAACAUCUUGGAGCAGACACUGGCCAUCUCUGCUCUAAAUUCCUGACCUACAGGAUCCAUGUGUAUAAUAAAAUGGUUUAUGCCUUUGA